AUGGGGAAAAUUAAGAAGAAGGGCGCCUCUGGUCAGGCCAAGAACUUUAUCACGCGAACCCAGGCCGUGCGCAAACUCCAGAUUUCUCUUCCGGAUUUUCGAAGGCUAUGCAUUUUCAAGGGCAUUUACCCUCGCGAACCCCGCAGCAAGAAGAAAGCUUCCAAGACUUCCACCCCCAAUACCACUUUCUACUACACCAAGGACAUCCAGUACCUCUUGCAUGAGCCAUUGCUGCGAAAAUUUCGCGAACAAAAAGCACUUGCAAAGAAGAUUGCCCGCUCUCUCGGCCGUGGUGAAGUUGGAGAUGCCGCGCGAUUGGAGAAGAACUUUGCUCCCAAGCUCUCGCUAGACCAUGUUAUCAAAGAGCGCUAUCCGACAUUCGUCGAUGCGCUCAGGGAUCUUGACGAUUGCCUUUCGCUACUAUUCCUUUUUGCAAGUCUGCCAUCGACCAGUUCCGUACCACCCAAGACAAUUGCGCGAUGCCAGAGACUGUGCCAUGAGUUCCAGCACUACUUGAUCACUACCAACUCGCUGCGCAAAUCUUUCCUCUCAAUCAAGGGUAUUUACUACCAGGCUACUAUUCAGGGACAGGACAUUCUCUGGCUUGUUCCUUACCGCUUUGUUCAAAAAGUGAAUGGCGAUGUCGAUUACCGUAUUAUGGCAACCUUUGUUGAGUUCUACACAACUCUUCUUGGAUUUGUGAACUUCCGCUUGUUCACUUCUAUCGGCUUGGUUUAUCCGCCACGAUUUGAUGCUGCAAGUGAUGAAAAGGGCGCUGAAUUGACUGCUUUCCGCCUGGAAGGCAAGAACAUUGAACAGGUUAAUGCCAUUGAGCAGCCAGCAACCAAUGGAAAAACGACCAACGGAGAGGUAUCGCAAGAAGUUCAAGAUAAGGUUGAUAGCGUUGUGAAAAAGGCCGGCCUUGACAAGGUUUCUGAAGAGAAGGUUCCUGAAGACCAAACAACGAAUGAAUAUACCAUUGACAAGUUUGAACCUGCCGCCCCUGAAGCCGAUACUCUUGCGCAACCCGAGGCAAAUGCCGACGAAGCCGGAACAUUGUUUUCUUCGUUUACGUUUUUCAUUUCACGAGAGGCACCCAAGGGACCCUUGGAAUUCCUUCUCCGCGCAUUUGGGUGCAAGCGAAUUGCAUGGGACGAGAUCGCCGGAGAGGGUGCAUUUACCCACGACGAGAAGGAUUCACGCAUCACCCACCAAAUAGUUGACCGUCCUCCUCUUCCCGAAUCGGCACUCCCAACCGUCCCAGAGGGAUCGAACGAGGGUCGAGCUGGUGGCCGCAUUCCUGGCAGAACCUAUAUCCAGCCACAGUGGGUUUGGGACUCUAUCAAUGAGGGCAAAUUGCUCCGGGCCGACCUCUAUGCUCCUGGAGCUACUCUUCCGCCACACUUGAGCCCAUGGGUGAAGCAAUCCAGAGGCGAAUAUGAUCCUCGCGCAAGCCUGGCUGCCCAGGAAGAAGAAGGAGAAGCUGAGCGUUCUGCCGAGGAAGACGAAAGCGAAGACGAGAAUGUGGAAGAAGGCAAAAAGAUGGAAGUCGACGGAGAAGAGGAAGAAAAUGAGGACGAGGUAGACGCCCGCGGAAUGGACGUGGAUGGCGAUGAUUCCGAAGAAGCGGAUGACAGCGAAGAGGAAGCAGAAGACGACUUUGGCGGCUUCAACGACGCCGAAAACGCCGUUUCAGAGUCUGAAGACGAAGAAGAAACCCUGCGCACUCAGCAUCAAAAGGAACUCGAAGCCGAAGCCGCUGGUCUGCCAUUCUCCGGCUCAGGAAGCGGUUCGUCUGCUGCCAAGACGUCCUCGAAAACGAAGAAAUACCAGACGCAAAAACGAAAGGAGGAGGAAGAGCUCGAGAGGCAGAAAAUGAUGAUGAGCCGGAAGAAGCGCAAGCUGUUGGACAAGAUGAUGUACUCGAACAAGAAGAAAGACGAAGAGGCGCAAAAGCUGCGCAGCAAGCGCAGAAGACUCGAGAAUGCGGCCAAGUCACAGGAGUAA